CAUUUAGUGUAUUAAAUUAUUAUUCACUCUAAUUUCUUGUACUUAAACCAAUUCUUGACCGUUUCAUAUCUACAAUGUUUAACACACUUUAUAUUCUUUCACUUAACCAAACUUAGAUAUGGUAUUGCUUUGAAUGCAACUAGUAACUGGGAAAUCAAUUAAUUGUUGAUUGUGAUUAACUUCAAUGCAAAAUUGUAGUUUGUACAGAUCAAAUUCUGUUAAUUUAGCUCAAUUCUAAAUAUCUUCUGCAAUGGAUUUAAGGUAAAAUCUUUUCUCAGAAAAAAGGAAAGUUUUGCUUUUAUUUUCAGCAAAAGCAAGAGGCAGAUAGCACGGAAGCAGCUAGUUUUCUCUGAGCAUUCUUCUUUGCAUACUACUCUUAGCAUUGAACAGAAAUGGAUAUUGGCUUUUAGCAGUUGGAGGUGCAUUUCUAUCUUCAGCUUAGAAUGUUCUCUUUGAUAGGCUUGCUCCUCAGGGUGAGUUGCUGAAGAUGUUCCAAAAGGGCAAGCAUGAUAUUGGACUGCUAAAGAGGUUGAAGAUGACUUUACAAGCUGUGCUAUGUGAUGCAGAGAAUAAGCAGACAUCAAAUCCAUACGUCAACCAGUGGCUUAACGAGCUUCAAGAUACCGUAGACAGCGCUGAAAACUUAAUUGAAGAAAUAAAUUAUGAUGUUCUGAGAGUUAAAAGUGGAAGACCAGCAUCAAAAUCUUGCAGAAACAAGCAACAAGCAGGAUAUUGGUAACUUCUUGUAUGCUAUUACAACUCCUUAGUCAGUUGGUGAAAGGAAAGUUGUGCUGAUAUUCUCUAUUGAAUAGGCAAUGACCUCAACUGUGAUCUGUCAUCAGAAUGUAAGUGAAGAAUCAUACUUCACUUUUGUGUGUAAUUUGCCGGCAUUAGUUCUCUUUAAUCAGUCAGUGAAAAGGGCUAGUCAUUUCUCUUAA